UUGUUUUUUUAUAGCACACUCUAAACAGGCUAUCUGUUGACCACCUCGUGGCUAAGUGUUGGGGUCCUGAUAUUUGAACUGAUGUUGUCCAAUCAGAAGCGUGGAACGAAGAAAGCGCUGCAGUUUGAGGCGUUAGCAGGAAAGGUCUGAGAAAUGGGAUGAUGGAGACAGGGACAGAAAGGAAAGAUAGUUGUUAAAUACAUUAUUACAAAGAAAAGAAUGUAGAGGGUAUGGAAUGUACAACGAAUAGUGUAAAAAAUAUUGAUUAGAAGCAAAUGUAAACGAAAGUGAUAAAAAAAAGUAGGGGCGGGGGACCAGGAAAGAUCGCAAGCAAGUGAGACAGGGUUUUUUGAAAGUGAAAAGGGCUUGUGUAAGUUGUUGAUUGUUGUUUGUGUGUAUUGGGGGCUGCCGCAGAGUGUAGCCGGUACGAGGUGUUAUAUUUCAUUAAAACUCGAGAGACGGGGAUAGUGAUAAGAAAGAAGACGAGAGACAGAAAAGUUCAGAGGCAGGAAGGGGUUUAAACGAGUGAGGAUCGGAUCUGAUCGGUUUGGCAGAGGAGAGCUCACAUACACACUGUUACUAGUACUAUUUAAGUAAACUGUUCAGCUUCAAGAAUGAAGAAGGUGUCGGAUAAGAAUGUAAUGCGUUUGGCAAUAGUACAGCAGCUGCGGGGUUUCGGGAUAAAAAUAAAAAACUGGAAUAAAAACAAGAGUGCCAGCAGCAGCAAACUGACAGGAUGCAGCGGGGGGAAGAUAUUUGGGACGUCUUUACAGGCUUUACCACAGCAGAACCUGGCUGAUUAUGGGACAGUUCCUUGCUUUCUGGUUGAUGCCUGUGAAAAUCUCACGCAGCAUAUCGAUACCGAGGGACUGUUUAGAAAAUCUGGGUCCGUUGUUCGACUUAAAGCAUUAAAGGUCAAGCUGGAUCAAGGUGAGGACUGUAUAUCCUCAGCACCCCCGUGUGAUGUUGCUGGUCUUCUCAAGCAGUUUUUCAGGGAGCUACCAGAACCAGUCAUUCCCACUGACCUACACGAAGCUUUCUUUAAAGCACAGCAACUGCCAACCCAGGAGGAGCAGAGCACCGCUACUGUCCUGCUGUCCUGCAUGCUCCCUGAGAGAACUACAAAUGCUCUGCGCUACUUUUUUAACUUUUUGAAAAAUGUUUCCCAAAGGUCAGCUGAGAAUAAGAUGGACAGCACUAAUCUGGCUGUAAUAUUCGCUCCAAACUUUCUGCAUUCGAGUGAUGGAAAUGAAAAGAUGACGUCAAAUACAGAAAAGCGUCUGAAGCUGCAGGCAGCUGCAGUGCGCAGUUUUAUUGAAAAUGCACAACACUUUGGUUGUGUGCCGGAUUUUAUCAUGAGCAAGAUUCCUGCAAUGUUGGGAGUUGAUGCUGGUGGUUCCACUCCGUCGCUGGAAAGUUCAGAGGACGGAGAGAGUGAAUUGUCAGAAGGAGUCAAAAGAAGGAGAAGGCGCAGUGUUGGAGAUAUGGUUAAUGGAGCGCUGCAUAAGUUUAAAUCUAAUAGAACACCCACAAGUACUCCCUUGCCAGAAGGAUCAGUCACUCCUGUGAUUGUAACUCCAAGUUCUAAACGGAAGCUACUGACUGACUCUGCUCAAAGUUUGGGGUUUUCAAGCAAGAAAAGAAGAUCUUUGAAACACAACCUUGCAUUAGAAUUUCUUCCAAAUAAACUGUUUGGUAGUGGUUCUACACCUGCCUCAAACCAGUUAAAUGACACAAGUCCCAGUAUAUCUCUAGAGUCUUCACAUGGCACUCUUACCCCUUCUGCAAGAAGUGGUAGACUGGCAGCCAGCUCUGCAAAAAGAAAAAGUAAAAGAUUUGAGAGCAAAAAAGUUAACAGAGUGGAAUCUGGAAAAGCAGGAUGCUUUUCUCCAAGAGUCAACAGAAAAGAGGUAGUGCGCAAGUCUCUGCGUCUCCGGUUAAGUCUUGGAAAGAGCAGCAGAGAUUCUAAUGUCUUGUCAAAUGCAUUUCCGACGGCUAAAGGAUCUGAAAACAUUGGCUGGCGUCUUGCCACUCAAGAAACUAACAUCAGUUUUGGGUCGUCAAAAGAAGCUACCUUUAGUCCUGUUGUAAGAAGGAACACAUUCGCAAGAAAGGGUUCCAAGUACAUCAGUAAAUCUGAAGAAAAUCUGCUCACCCCCCAGUCUGACACGAGUGCACAUCGUAUCUCCUGGAAUGGAACCAGCCAUGAAGAGUCCCAGGACUCGAACUCUGAGACCCCAAUGGGCAGAUAUCUCAACAACUUCUCUUCAGAGCCUGCCUUAGUAGCUAGAAAGCCUCCUGUCAUUGCAAGUGUUCCUAGGAGCCUCUGUCCAGGCUAUAGAACCGAUAGCCCUCACAGUAAUGAAUCUUUUGCUGAGGAUGAAAAUAACUUGAGUGAAUCAACCUUGCUUAAGAUCAAAAGGGCCUUCACUGAAUCCGGUAGUGACCUGCGUUCACUAAUAGGUGACAGCAGUUCCUCAAUGGAUGAUUUCUUGAAAGAAAGAAAUAACUUUGUGAAGGAAGAAGAUACAAAUGAGCCAUUGUUGAUUUCCAGAAAUUCAAGUGAUGUGAAGGAGACAUGUUUAGGCACAUCGCCUCAAAAACAAAUGGUUCACCAACAGAUUGAAGACUUGUCUUUUGUACAAAGAAAUAUUGUCACGUCAUCUCCUGUAAAGACAAAUGCCAAUGUAUGUCACGUAGAAGAGCCACAAUCUCCACAGAAACCAGUAGACCAAGUUCCAUUUAAGUUAAAUGGUACUAAUGAUAGUGACACUGUUGCUUAUGAGGUGGAAAGCAUAAAGGACAGCUGCCCUUUGGAAGCUCUUGGUGACUUGAACAGUCACUCUGCAGCAAACGUUACCACAGCAGCUAACCAGUCACAGCACCAUGUUUCCAAACUCGUGGUUCAGUUGCAAAAAAUAAUAGAACCAUCUGUUUGUGAGGCUUCGGAAUACAUUCAACCAACUGAAAGUGCAAGAACACUGGAACAGAGUCCACAUGCAAGAAGAUCUGUUGAGAGUUCACCAAUGCUCAUCUCUGACACCUCUGAAUACAAGUUCCGGGUGGCUGAUCACAUUCAAAGGUUUAAUGUACUUUCUUUGAAUAGCCCAAAACCAAACAAUGUUAAGUCCCCUCUUAAAUUUAAACGCACCCCAGUGCGCCAGUCUGUCAGGAGAAUAAAUUCGCUACUAGGAGUUCGGAGACCAGUAGAGGGCAACAACAGUCCAUCAAAGAUUGGCUCUCCAAUGGUAAAAUCAGUGAGUCAUGAAAGUGGCCUAUCCUUAUUUGCUGAAAAAAGCCUGCCUAACUUUGAGGAACCAGCACACUGCAUAAAUGUUCCAGGAGACAAAUGUGGUGAUAAAGGGCCUUGCCAGAAUACAUCCACAAAUUGUACUGUUACCUCAUUGAAACCCCAAAUUUACAAAGUUACAACCCGCUUCCACCACCAGACCAGGCAUUCUGCUCUUGGUGACGUGACCAAUCAGGUAGCACCAAAAGCAAAUAAUCCAAUUGUAAACGAGAAUAGAGUUUUCACUGGCAAAGCGCAGGUGAAACCAGACAAAUCUGUCUUGCUUGAGAUGGCAGAAAAGGAAAAGCGUCGUUACAGAGGCUCGCCAAAAAAUCCAUUGCCAGCAAACAAGCUGUUAUCGGCCACUAAACCUAUAGAUCUGGCCACCAUGACUGUCCUCCUCCAGCAUGCUGUGUUUCUGAUGGUGUGUGGUGGGGCUCUGGUCUUCUGUCACAGCCCCAGGACUCCUGACCAGGUGUCUGAAGCUGACAUCCAGCGCCUGCUGCAUGGAGUCAUGGAGCAGCUGGGCAUCGCCAGGCCGCGGGUGGAGUACCCAGCUCACCAGGCUACUAACCUGGUGGGACCACAGAGCAUCGAAGGUGGAGCUCACGAGGGGCUGCAGCACCUAGGUCCCUAUGGAAAUAUUCCCAACAUUGUGGCAGAGCUGACUGGUGAUAACAUUCCCAAGGACUUCAGUGAGGACCAGGGCUACCCCAAUCCACCAAAUCCCUGCCCUCUUGGAAAAACAGCUGUGGACGGAUGUCUGGAGAACUCCCCUGACACGGCCGAGUUCAGCAGAGAGUACCAACUCCAACAGCACCGGUUUGACCCGGAGCAUGACUACCCAGCACUGGGCAAGUGGAACAAGGCACUUCUUUAUGAGAAGAUGAAGGGCGGAUCAAAGAGACGCAAGAGGAGCGUGAAUCCGUACUUGAUGGGGCAAAGACUGGACAAUGUGGUGGCAAAGAAAUCCGUUCCACACUUCUCUGAAGAAGACACUAGCAAUAAUAAGAACUAAACCAAGCACCUGCUGUUAUUUAUUAAUCAUAUUGCCAUAUUGAGGUUAUAGCAUUAGAAAAUAUGAUUUGGAAUUAUGGAUAUAAAGCGGACGUGCAUGCUUAAUUUGUGUUUCUGACAACUACGGAGAAAACAGCAGUGUUCAGUUAUUUUUAGCAAUUGCUUAGUUGACACUAAAUAAUAUUUGUAUGUAGUGGCUAACCGAAAUAGUAAAGAAUAAAUCUGUUUCAGUGCA